AUCUGACUCAGAAUUCAUAAAUUGAUUAAAAAAUAGUACCUGUCUUCGCCCAGCCUCGCUCUCUGCCUCUCCACCAAUUCUCUCCCUCUAUCGCUCUCUCUGAUUUCCCCUUCCUUCGCACUUCAUUCUCCGAGUCUCAUUUCUCCUUCUCCAGAGCUCUCAUCGUGUGUCCGACAACGCCAUGGCGAAGAACAUUUUGGUAACGGGUGGUGCCGGCUACAUUGGCAGCCACACUGUUCUUCAGCUCCUGUUGGGAGGAUUUAAGGCUGUCGUCAUCGAUAACCUCGAUAACUCCUCCGAUAUCGCCAUAAAGAGGGUAGCCGAACUCGCUGGAGAAUUCGGCAAGAAUCUUAGUUUUCAUCAGAUUGACCUUCGGGACAAAGCUUCCCUAGAAAAACUUUUUUCUUCAACGAAUUUUGAUGCUGUUAUCCACUUUGCUGGAUUGAAAGCCGUUGGUGAGAGUGUUCAAAAACCAUUGCUUUACUAUAAUAACAACAUCAUUGGAACAAUAAAUCUCUUAGAGGUCAUGGCUUCCUAUGGGUGCAAGAAGCUCGUUUUUUCUUCAUCAGCCACUGUUUAUGGAUGGCCAAAGGAGGUGCCUUGUACAGAAGAGUUCCCCUUGAGUGCAACAAACCCAUACGGACGAACCAAGCUUUUUAUUGAAGAGAUAUGCCGUGAUAUCUACCGUUCAGACUCUGAAUGGAGUAUAAUAUUGCUUAGAUAUUUCAAUCCAGUUGGAGCUCAUCCUAGUGGUUAUAUAGGUGAAGAUCCCCGUGGGAUUCCAAACAAUCUUAUGCCCUUUGUACAGCAAGUUGCUGUAGGCAGGCGGCCUGCACUGACAGUAUUUGGAAGUGACUAUUCAACAAAGGAUGGCACUGGGGUGCGUGAUUACAUUCAUGUUGUUGACUUGUCUGAUGGACACAUUGCUGCAUUGCAGAAGCUAUUUGAAUCUAAAAUAGGCUGUGAAGUAUACAACUUAGGAACUGGAAAAGGAACAUCAGUUUUGGAGAUGGUUGCUGCAUUUGAGAAGGCCUCUGGACAGAAAAUCCCCCUGGUUAUGGCUGCAAGGCGACCUGGUGAUGUUGAGACUCUUUAUGCACUAACUGACAAAGCAGAGAAUGAGCUGAAAUGGAAGGCAAAAUAUGGGAUUGAUGAGAUGUGCCGGGAUCAAUGGAGCUGGGCCAGCAAGAACCCUUAUGGCUAUGGAUCUGCUGACUCCACCAAUUGAUCAGAGUUUGGGUAUAAUCUAAUAAUCGAACCACGUGAUGAUGAAAUCAUUCUGCAAUGCAAGGCAUCGGUAACAUUUUUUGACUCAUGUUAUAGUCAAAAUGAAUUUGUAUGAUUUGAGGAUUCCAUGAAAUGAAGGACAUAAUGAAAUCUUGUCAUUCAAGUACUCAUUUGUUGUCUAAUUAAUGUCAAUUGCAUUGAUCCAGUCCAGCCAA